AGGAAGCUUUUAGAGGACACCUUUGUUCUAGAGCCUGACCAGGGGAGGACUGACCAUUUGGAAACUCGGGCACUGCCCGAGGGUCCGGGGUCAGUAGGGGGCCCCAUGAGAUGCCCCUGGUACCUUCUUCAUAGGCUUUUUUGAGUUUGAGCAAGGACACAGGGGCCCCAUGAUCCCCUAUUGCCCGGGGGCCCCAUGAUUUGUCAGUCCGCCCCUGAGCCUGACAUCAAGAUUAAGCUGUGCCAACUGACAUUCCCCAAUGGGAUCGCUUCCAUAGUCACUCCAGCCACCCCCGCCACCCCCAUCCCUCUGACAAGUAGUUUGGGGAGAAGU